AUGUCGGGGCCGGGGCUGGGAGCGGGGCCGGACGCGGCGGGGCCGGGCAAAGGGGCCGCGGGCGGGGCGGCGCGCGCCCGGCGGAAGCUGCUCACGGCGGAAGAGGCGGAGCUGUUCGAGCUCGCGCAGGCGGCGGGCAGCGGCCUCGACCCGGAAGUGUUCCGGAUUUUGCUGGACCUUCUGCGCAUGAAUGUGGCACCUUUGGCCGUCUUCCAGAUGCUGCGCUCCAUGUGUGCAGGGCAGAGACUUGCUGGUGCCGAGGCUGCUCCAGAGCCAGUGCGAGAGCCCCCACUUGUCUCUGCCAAGACCAGUAAACUCCCUGCUCCACUCUCAUUUUCCUCUGUCCUUCGACCGCCACGAAUAAGAGUCACUAAGGCUGUGGUCUACAGUCCAGCUGCAGCUUGUUCGCCUCUCUCUCAAGGUCCCCCUGGCUCUUUCCAGUUUUCUUGCUGCCUGUUCUCUCCUUUUGCAGGGAGAAUGAGGACCAUUUCUGCAGCCGCCGCAAACCAGGCGCUUUCGGAUCACAGCGGCCGAGAAGGCUCCGGCCAGCGCGUGCCUCGGCAGCCGAGCGCCAGCAGGCCGCAAAAGGCCGGGUGCCCCGGGAAGAGCGCGUAGAGGCUGGGCGGGGGGCCGCGGAAGGCGUGUGUCCCGCUGCUGCAGAGAGUGGCGACGCGGCUGCCGCCGGCGCUGGAGAGCGAGCGGGAGCACUGCGGAGGCCGCACGCAGCUCAGACCAGGGAAGCCCGUGCCCGGGAGCCGGCGGACCGCCGCAUCACGCGUCCACUGAUAAAGUUGCCAGUGGAACCA